AUGGAGUUCGCAAAUGUAGAAUUUGUUGUUAAUAGCUCGUCUGACUCGCCAAUUUUCAAAACCCACGAGACAAUCCAUGGCGAGGUCCUUUUUACACCUCAUCAAGAAACAAACAUUGAAGACAUAAGUAUCACAUUCAAAGGCAUGACGCGAGUCGAAGUUGAGAACAUGAAUACACAUAUUGCUCUGCCCUUCAACCAACUAGAGAGACGCUUCCUAAGCAUGGAGUUGCCGAUUUCCGACUACUUUGAGGAUAUAAGCACACUCAAAUCUGGCAGAAAUUAUCGACUGCCCUUCAAGUUUAUCAUCCCCGAGGAACUUCCCAUCCAUGCCUGUCAUCACCAAUGCGGCAAUAGCCAAAUCCAACGAGAACAUCUGCAGCUACCCGCAAGUCUCAGCUACCGUGCCACAAAAUCACACGAAAUCCAUGACAUGUCACCAGAAAUGGUGGAAGUGGUCUAUAGUAUCAGCUUUUCGCUGUGGCAGCAAAAUAGCAAGACAGGAAGGUCGAAGAUCCAGGAAACAACCCAUCCUGUGAAAAUCCUGCCAACGCGAAACGAGCAUGCCCCGAUACUUAUCCCAGGAAAGAAUAAGUAUUAUAAACUGGGAGCAGAAAAGUCUCUGUCUACAGGGUUGCUGCGACAUGCACGCGGCAAGUUCACUGCCUGCUCUACCCAACCACCGGCUAUCCAGUUGCAAAGUCUCCAGCCAACGAAUACAGGCGCAUCAACUUCUCUGAAGAUCGAUCUUCGAUUUGACCCUGCUCAUUUGGGUCAGUUGCCACCAAGUGCUCUCGCCGCCGAAUUUCAGUUGCGGGCAAUGACAUUCUUUGGGAUGGAGGCAUGGCAAAAUUAUCCAGAUCUGACUGAUAUUUCGACAUGGGGUUCACGACGAGACUUUUGGUCUGAUUAUGUGGCAUUGACACCGAUCGAUGAAAUAAAAUUGGAGUGGAAGUCCCAAGACGAAGGGGACCGCACGAUCUUCACCACAUCGAUUGAGCAUUGUGUUUCACUGCCUACCCAUCGGCGCUAUCCACCUACUUUCCAUUCGUGUUUAGUAUCUCGGGUUUACGCCCUGAAGACAACUUUGUUCUAUCGAGUACAUGGAAAGGCUCUGGGUAGAUCAUCCAUAUCGGUUUCUGUUCCAGUGGAGAUUUGUGCAACAUGA